AUGGAUGAGCUGACAAUCAGUUACGGUCUAUUAGCACCCCAGGUUCGUAUUGCUCGUGAUUCGCAUAUUUUGCCAAUUUCAAAGAUAUUGUAUCCUUCAGGUCAAACGGGGUUUUUUUUAACUUGCGGAAGGGAUGGUUCAGUUAUAAAGCACAAAUGCGACUUUGAUGGGAAUUCUGUUGGAAGUAGGAGGAUGCAGGUUCAUAGUGAUUGGGUUAGUGAUAUUAUACAAGUUGAUGAAAACAAGUUCAUAACAGUGAGUUACGAUUUCUCAAUAAUAUUGCUUACUCUACAUGAAGAUGAAUUGGACACUUGGGAUAUGAAGAUAAUAGGUGAUCACGACGAUUAUAUCAAAAAUAUCGCUGAGAUACCUGCAAGUAACGGUGGAUUUCUGUUUGCUACUGGAGGGCUGGAUAAAAAAGUUAAAAUAUGGAGUUUAGAGAAUGACAGCGCUACUCUGGUUCACGAAUACGAUAAUUCUCAAGCAGACGACACGGGGUCAAUAUACGCACUUGCAUCUGUUGACAGUGACUUUAGUGGUUUGUUUGAUUUAGUAGCUGGAGAUUGUAAUGGUAAUAUCAUUUUUUAUUCCAGCUUACACAGGACAGAAAUCUUGCGCAUUGAUGGAGCACACGACACAAAUAUCAAAAUAAUACGAUUAAUAGACAAUUGCACGCGCUUGAUUACUGCGUCGUCUGAUGGAUAUAUCUGCGUAUGGGAUCUUACGCAUAAAGGAGAAAGUUUUCCAAAAGUUAGAGCUUUCAAGUGGGACUGUUCAAUAUGGGCUAUAAAAGGUUCCACCAUAGAUCAUCUAUACAUAGGUGAUUCUAAAGGGGGAAUUUGUAGAGCCGAUCUAUCAGACGAGGAAACCCUAAAAGUAGACAACGUUUAUGGAACUAACGGAAACUCCAAAAAUGAUCAUUGCAAGAAAGGUAAAAAAGCUGGUGGUAUUCUUGAUAUAAUGGUUUUACCGAAUGAUAUUUUAAUGUUUUCUAAAUCUACCGACUCGAAUUUAUAUCGUCUGAAACUACGGACGAACUCUUUAAAAGUAUCAGAGGGCGGAUUUGCUUUAACUAAAAGUUCUCUUUUAACAAAUAGAAGACACGUUAUAACCGAAAAUUCAAGAGGCGAAAUUCAAAGAUGGGAUAUAGUAACAUGCGCUCUUGUAAACACUUUUGAACCCUCAGAGGGUAAUUUCGACGAAGUUGUCUCAAAAUACACGUCUCGGGAAAUUCUAUCACACUGGUGCAGCGUUUCCGUAAAAGUUGGAAUGUUAUUUGUAAAGCUCAAUCCACGCCUUUUUAACACUGAAGUCUAUGGAUCCGCCUUAGAAAGUUAUAAAGUUGUUAAUGGAAUUCAAUUAAGCGCAGACGAAAGAUACAAUCUUGGGAAAAUAGUCGUGAAUUCACUGUUCAACGAAUUUUUGAACUACGAAAUUGAAAAAGAUAAAUCUUUUAGAAAAAAUCUUUCUUCGAAAAGAAAGGAAAGCUUAUUGCAUCACAAAGAUGGAUCUGCUACACCUACAGUUAUUCCUGAGCAGGAGUCUACCUCAAAGGGCAAGGACAAAAGAAAGAGAUCUGCAUUCUACCGUUUCACAUCAACAGCACCAGCCUCAGAGAGUGGUUCCCCUAUCGUAUCAGCACCAAGUACACCUGUUCUCCCUGCCGAAAAUUCAGACUUACCUGUGGAAGAACAUCCUCUAUUGCCACCAUCGGCCAAUUUAACUUCAUCUACCGAAGUGUUUGCGGAAUCUAGUGAUGCUUUGAACGCUUCUGCUCCAAAAUCUUCUGAUGGUCGCGCACUAAGUUCUGGAUCAUUGAUCGGCCGAAAACUAAGGAUGUUGAAAACAUAUUCUACUAAUCGGCCAAACAAUGGAACAUCAUCGACUGGAGAUGCGCUUGUAUCUGACGUUGAGGAUUCAUUCACUGAGGAUGAAAAUACGCACGAACCCAUUGUAUGGAACCAAUCUUUCAGUAAUGAAAAUUCGAACUCUCAGCAGGCUGUAGACGCAAUCGCUACAAAACUAAAAAAUAUAGAAGUUUCACAAACAUCUUCAGAGUUGGCCGUGGCAAAAAAUCAUGAUGUACCCAAACCACCAUCUCAGAGCAUGUCUGAUUACAUUGAUCAAUUACAUGAAGGUUAUGUUCAACAAUUUGUCUCGAAUCACUCGUCAUUGAAAUUACUUGCAAGAAAAACUCCAGAGACAAGAAUAGUACGAGACACUGCUUCCCCUAUACUACGAAUCAGAAAUGGUGUUUUGCUUGUAGUACACAACUGGAAGAAAAAUUCAUGCGGGCCUACGGCUUUAUUUUCAACCUACUUGCCUGCAUCACGCACUUCCGAGAAUGAUAGUGGCUGUAUCCUUAACGAAGGUGAUGAUGAUGAAGAGGACAGUCAAAGUAACGAGGAAGAAAAGCUUUUCAAUUACGAGCAGAUUGAUCAUGAAUGUGGUAAUGGGAUGAGUAAGCGACAAAUUUUUGAGGGGUUGGAGCGUAAUCUACCAUUUUGGUCGGCUAAAGCCUUACUAUGCGAUACGAUGAUAACGAAACAACAAUCAAAGUUAAAUUUUGUAAUCACACCUUGGCAGCCAACUGAGCAGCCAGUAUCGCCUACUACACAAGUUCAACAACAUGGACAUCAGCAUCACAGACUAAGAUUUGGCAGAUCCAAAUCCAGCGAUCUUGUGUUAAGUUCCUCAGAUCUACCGAAGAUAUCGGAUUCGAAUAUGAAGCUAGUCGCUCCAGGCAUGAUAAAGGUGAAAAAGAUUAAAACCUACAUUGCAGAUAGGUUUGAAUCGAAGACGCCUGAGAUGAAAGCAAAAAUUGAACCAUCUGAAUGGCUGGAGAUUUUGUGUAAAAACCAGGUCCUUGACAAUGACAUGACUUUAAGUACCGUCAGGACCUUGUAUUGGAAAUCGCGAGGUGACAUAGUAUUUGAGUACAGAAGAAAGUGUACAGAUCUGGUUGGCUUAUCCCCUUUGACCGAGUCACAUAACAAUAAAUAA